AUGGCUGGACUACCGGAUAACCCUGAUGACUGGUUUCGACUUGAGGAUCCUGAUGAGCCAUUUGGAGUUCCUUUGCAUCCACAUCCACUACACUUAGCGGGGGAUCCGUACUUUCCCCAUGACGGUCUUGAGGAGGAUCCCGAAGAGGAUCCUGAGGAGGAUCCCGAUGAGGAGGAGCUCGAGAAUGAGGGCAUAUUUCAGGAUGCCCAAGAGACUGAUGAUGAUGGUCCUGCAGAGGAUGAGGGAGACCUCUCCGAAGAGGAACCUACUCCCCUUACCCCACCAGACUCACCACCGAGACCCUACUACCAGCCGUACCUUCUGCGCGGCAAGGGCCCUUGUAUGAUGAGGACCCCAGGAACUACUAUAUCUCCUAUUUACCACUUGGACCCAGCUGCUCAGGUUUCCCGACCCACUAGUGGUCUAUUAGGGAAACGUAAUCGACCCAGUGAGCCAUCUUGGCUCACAGACCUCCUUAGCAGGAGGGAUGCUACUGAUCUACCACCACGGUUUGAGGUUGGUGAAUCUUCACGAGCACCACUCAGGUUUAAUCCUGAGGAUGAUCCGAUACCUCGCUUGAUGACUCAGAUUGAUCAGACCGAGGAUAGGAUUAGAUCCUUGGAGCAGUUUGUGAGAGGUCCAGGCUCUACUUCCCUCGACCAUCGAGUUGAGACACUCGAGGAAGAGGAGAAGGAGAAUUCUGAUGCGAUCCAGAUAUUAUAUCAUCUCUCGGGUGCUGAUCACGAUGCAGUGAAUGCCUUGAGUGCUCAGGUAAGAGCACAGAACUACCGGAUUCAGAUCAUGGAGAGCGAGCUUGCUGCGCAGCGAAAUCAGUUGGUUAUCUCUGCGCAGGAACGACGCUACAUCUUGGACCAGUUCGAGGACUUUGUCCUCUAUGUGAUGACUCGAUUUGGGAGGUAG